AAUAACAUCCAGCACAGUGAAUAGGUUGGGGGAUGUCCGGGGGUGAGAGCAGCAGCUAUGCAAUGCAUUGGGGAUUAGUUUCUAUAGUAGAGCCUAGUGGCCUUCGGGAGCAAGAGCAAGCAGAGGAAGCCAGAAAAUGGCAACAAUUAUAAACCCGGAACUAGAAGCGCUCCAGGACAAAUCUAGCCGCUAUGAAGUCCUGGCCUGGCUUAACAGGACCCUUCAAACUAAGUUUACUAAUAUGGAAGAGAUAAGCUCAGGGGCAUGUUUUUGCCAGCUGAUGGACUGGCUCUUUCCAGGGUCCAUGGACAUGAGCAAAGUGAAGUUUCAGUGUCAGGACAAGGCAGACUUUCUUCACAACUAUAAACUUUUGCAGACAGGAUUCAAAUUAAUGGGUGUCACAAAAACUAUCCCAAUGGAAGAGCUCAUAACAGGGAAAUUCAGGUCUAAUUUUACUUUUCUAAAGUGGUUCCGUAAGUUUUUCCAAGCUAACUUUACUGGACAGGUUUAUAACCCCCUUGAGGCACGUAAUGGACAAGAGAUUCCACAUGCACAACCCAAUCUUCAGUCUCCCCAGAGAUCAAAAUCAUCAACAAACCUCAAUACCUCUGGAGAAGGGAAGGAGGAUUCUGACUCAGAUGUGGAUGUCACUAAAAAAACGUCUAUUACUUAUGACCCCCAGUGGCAAGAAACCUUCAAAUGGAUCAAGCCCAGCACUCUGGGGGAUAUCUAUGCAUACUGUACAAUCUGUGACUUAAAUAUUACUGUGUUUAACUCAGGACUGCUUGAUUUAAAACACCACCAGCAGUGUAAAAAGCACAAAAUGCAAGAACUAAAGACAUUCAGAAAAGAAAACCAGGUCAAGAAUUUCACAUGUAGUGAACUCAUGAUGCGCUUUAUUCAAACCCACUGUUUGCCAUCUCACAUGAAGAUUUCCAAGCAUACCGCCAGGCAUGUUCUUGGAUUACAGUAUCCAAAAGACAUUUCUUCUGCUGCUAAGAAUGUCCCUUACUGUGUCUACCUAUACGGACAAGUGGCACUAGGUAAAGAGAGUGAGCAGGAGAACUACAACUGUGUCGUCCUUCUGGGGUUCUUUGACGAAAAGGCUGCAAAACAUCGCAUAAGGAUUCUUGAUAUUUUUCAGCGUGUAGACUCUGCUGACGCUAUUGUUGAGUCUUUGCAGGAUAUUAUGGAAAGAUUUGAGUUACCUGUGAGCAAUAUGGCAGCUUUCUAUGUUGAUGACCAAGAUGAGCUCUCUGGGAUGGUUUCCGUGAAACUGAAGAAACUCAAUCCAAAAGCUGUGGCUCUUGGUGGUCUUUAUAGAUUGGCAGACACAGCCUGCAAUGCGGGAGUAGAGGCUUUUUCUGAGGUUCAACAGCUUAUUGCUAAUGUUUAUGAACACUGUUCCACAUGUUGCACUAAAAAUGACAGUCUUAAGGGAUUGUUUGCUGGUGUUUGUGUGCGUAAUGGCUCUGUCCAUACUCUCUUCCAGAACAGCAAAAAUGUUUGUAUACUUAUAAACAAGUUGCUUGAAAUGUGGACAGACUUGAUCUCAUACUUCACUUCCUGCAGUGAGAAUGAUGACAAAGCUAAAUACAUCUGCUCUCAGUUGGAAGAUCCGAAACUCAGGAUUGCCUUUAUGUUCCUGGACCAUGCUUUUGGACCACUUAAAGCCUUUAAUGAUCGUCUGGAAAGGCGUGAAGGUUUUGCUCGUGCAGACCUUGUUCAGAUCCUGCGGGAGGCAAGUGGCCUACUUCGCUCCUAUGCAUCAGCAUUUCUCCACCCUCAGGCUGUGGUGCGUUUUCUAAAGGAACGAGACCCAGCAAUCCUUGAGAACACAAAGCUGCACCUCCCUAGCAAUGAACUGAGCUUUGGUGGGGACAGAGUGGAGAACUUUCUGGCUGAGAGGGAAGCAGAGAUGACUGACCUUUUAGAGGCAUUCCAGGAUGACUAUAUGACUUUCUAUAAGGCAAUUACAGCUUGCAUUGCUAAGGGGCUGCCUUUGAGUGAUGGUAUCCUGAGGAGUAUGUCUCACCUUCUAAGCCCAGAGGGACGGUUAAAGAUCACAAGCAAAAGUGUUGCAGAGCUUGGUGAAAAGUUUGGCCUCUUAGCCAACCCAGAGCUAUCUGCCCAGGUUAGAGAUGAAUUUUUAGAGUACCAGCUAUUUGAGGAAGGAAAUGGGGAAGACAGUGGCGAGAAUGGACAUUCCUUGGAGCAUCAUUGGAGUUCCGUCCUCAAGACCAUUGCACAAACAUCUGUCUUCAGGAAACUUGUCCUUAGUCUUUUAGCUUUGCCCUGUCCACCACUUGAAGCUGGGAAAGUCUUUGCUCAGGCAAUGGAGAAUGGGAACAUAAGCAAAUUAGCUGGCCAUGUGGCAGACAGUGACUCUGAUACCCUCAAAGAAGUGGAUUCCAUUAAUGACGAUUCAUCCUCAGAAACCUCCAGCACUAACAGAUCACCUGUCAGAACCGGGCAGAAAAAGAAGACAUCAGAGAUGAGUGACCUUUCAGUCUCAGUGAAGCCAUGCACGGUGCGACUGCAGAAGAUAACCAAUAAGACAGUGUUGAGAAUAAACAACGAUGAGGACCAAGUCUUUACUGAAGAUGAUGUAGUCUGGACCAAGGGGAACUCCAUUAGGGGGAUUUACGGUUGGGAAAGCAGUUUGCGACAGAAGCCGCAGGCACGUACUCUCUUUCAGGCUGGGUCAGGCACUUGGGCCAAACAACAGAGCCUACUAUUGGACAAGAAGGAAGAGGCGACCAAAAACAACAGUAGCCAAGCUGAAUCAAACAUCGCUAAACCGAGUCCCAAUCCUGGAAAGAGAGUUAAAAUGUAUCAGGAUGGAAGGGGUUUUAGUGUUGGAGAGCUGGUGUGGGGGAAGGUGAAGGGUUUCUCAUGGUGGCCUGGUCUUGUGGUUGCCUGGAAGACAAAGAAAUCUCCUGAAUCUAUGAGGCGUGUGGAAUGGUUUGGAGAUGGCAUGUUCUCAGAGAUUUAUACGGAGAGGCUUUUGCCUUUUGGAGCAUUUGCAAAGUGCUUCUGCAACAAUUCUUAUGCUAGUCUGCCCACUUACCACAAUGCCAUAUUCCAGGUUCUUGAGUUGGCAGGUGAGCGUUGUUCAAAGACCUUUGCAUCCUCAGGGAAUAAACAGGAAGAGAUAAAGACUAUGUUGGACUGGGCUUUUGGGGGCUUUCAACCCACAGGCCCUGAAGGAUUUGCACCAGACACUAAUGUUUCACCUGUCAACCAAAAGGGUAACACUUCAGACUCAUCUGUGUCUGAUUAUCAGCCUCCAGCCAAAAGAAAAUAUGUACACAAAGCCAGAACUUCCACAGCUCAGGAGUACACAAGAGAGCAAAUGGUCCAAGAAGUUUCAAAAAGAGGGAAAAACAUUGAAGAGUUCUGCCUCUCAUGUGGUUCUACAAACACUGAGAUUUUCCAUCCACUCUUUGAAGGGAGCCUUUGUUUAAAAUGCAAGGAGAAUUUUACAGAGACUUUAUUUAGAUAUGAUGAAGAUGGAUAUCAGUCUUACUGCACUAUCUGCUGUGCUGGACUGCAGGUCAUUCUUUGCGGCAAUGCCAGCUGCUGCAGGUGUUAUUGUAAGGACUGUCUUGAUGUGCUUGUUGGACAAGGAACAUUUGACAAAUUGACAAAUGUAGAUCCGUGGAGCUGCUACAUUUGCCUGCCCCCUAACAAAUAUGGUGUGCUGAAGCUUAGACCAGAUUGGAGUGUUCGUGUUCAGGAGUUCUUCGCCAAUAACAGUGCUUUUGAAUUUGAACCACACAGAGUUUACCCCUCAAUUCCUGCUCGCCAGCGCCGGCCUAUUAAGGUUUUAUCCCUCUUUGAUGGAAUUGCCACAGGCUACCUUGUUCUAAAAGAUCUAGGCUUUAAGGUGGAACGUUACAUUGCUUCUGAGAUCUGUGAGGACUCCAUUGCUGUAGGGAUGGUCAAGCAUGAAGGAAAGAUUGAAUAUGUCAAUGAUGUGCGCACCAUCACAAGGAAACAUCUGGCAGAAUGGGGACCGUUUGACCUUCUGAUUGGUGGCAGUCCCUGUAAUGAUCUGUCCAUGGUGAACCCAGCCAGAAAAGGCCUUUUUGAGGGCACAGGUCGACUGUUCUUUGAGUACUACCGUAUGCUAACUAUGAUGAGGCCCAAAGAAGAUGACGACCGCCCGUUCUUCUGGCUCUUUGAGAAUGUGGUGGCCAUGAGCGCACACGAUAAAGCUGACAUUUGUCGCUUUUUGGAGUGUAAUCCUAUCCUGAUUGAUGCUGUGAAAGUGAGUCCUGCCCACAGAGCUCGCUACUUCUGGGGAAAUCUACCUGGAAUGAACAGACCUGUGGCUACAUCACUUAGCGACAAAGUAGACCUGCAGGAUUGCCUGGAAGUCGGUCGGGUUGCUCAGUUUAAUAAAGUUCGCACCAUCACAACAAAAUCUAAUUCCAUUAAGCAAGGGAAAAUGGGGCCUCUUCCUGUUACCAUGAAUGGAAAGGAGGAUUACCUCUGGUGUACAGAGAUGGAAAGCAUAUUUGGCUUCCCUAAGCAUUACACUGAUGUCAAUAACAUGGGUCGAGGCCAGAGGCAGAAGGUUCUGGGACGUUCUUGGAGUGUUCCUGUGAUUCGUCACUUAUUUGCACCACUGAAGGAUUACUUUGCAUGCGAGUCUUAGUUAUCCUUUAACUACUAUCCUUUAACAACCUUGAUAUUCCAUAGAAAAGGAAAAGUAAUGUCGUGGAAUUUUCUACCUACAACCCUACAGUCUAUGUUUGUUAACAGUUUUUUUAACGAAAUAAUUUUUGGUGCUUUUAAUAAGUUUUUUUUGGUGCUUUGUGAACUUUGACCUCAUUGAAAAUCUGUUUUAUGGCACACUUUUACUAUUUUAAAGAUCAUUUUUUCAGCUUGUUCAGAAUGCACUUUUUGGUUCUAUUUUCUACAUCUUACGUACUGUUGAUUUAGUUUUGUUUAGACUGUCUUAAUGAAAUGUUGUGCUACAGAGAGCCACUGAAACCCCAGCCCCACUACCUCAGUUAUGAUAUGUGACUGGUGCAUUGUCUGGAGAAAUGCUGUUUACCUAUUUAUAUGUAAUGAAUGAGUUGGUCUUAUAGGCACUCAUUACUUAUUACAUCAACCUAUCUAAACUUUUCAUUAUCUUAUCUAAGCAUCAAAACAGUUCUUCCAACAGAUUUUUUUUUCUGUCUCAGUUUUUAUAUUAAUUUUACACUACAAUCACUGAUUCCCUUGACAAUUUUUGAUUAAAUUAUGUAAUAUUUUUAAUUAAUUAAUUAAUUAAUUAAUUAAUUGAAAUCAUGUCAUUUUUAUAGUACAAAUCCCAAAGCAGAUUUGAAUAUGAAUUGUGAAUAUGAAUUUGAAUAUAAAUAUGAAAAAUCUAACCAUAAAGUGAAUAAACCUCAGCCUUUUUAAGUUGACAGCUUUACCUUUUGAGCUUCUGAUGCCAGUAUACCAGUUUUAUUCAGGUUUAUGUAAUAUAAACAAGAGGAAAAGACAACGUACUGAAAUAACUUAAGUGCCUAUACAAGAGGACAGUUAAUAUUUUAGACAUGACUACUGUGAUUCUUGACUACCAAUAUCAGUGUAUUUUGAAUGCAGAAUCAAAUCACAUCAACAAUUUGUGCUCACAUUAAGGAAUGCCAAAAAAAACACAUUCUGUAGUUCCAACUGUCCAUUCAUCAGUGAGGUGCUAUAAGUGUAGGUAGGCAUAUUUACCCAGGACAGUUCGAGGUGCUAACAAUUGCAGCAUUUGCUUGGUGCGUGGUGCUUAUUCUGUGGAAGCUGUAGAUUUAGUAUUUAUUCUGUAUACAAAAUUAUGGUAAUUGGUUACUGUUUACUGACAUUUUUCCAUUAAAUCAGUUAGAGCAAUGCUUCAUAACAAACAGCUUGCUGUGUUCACAUCAGAAAUGUAAACUAAAUGAUAAAAUGCAUGUGUUGAUGCAAGAUGCAUGAGGUCUGACUAGCUGGCAAUUGUUAAUUCAUUCAUGUAAUGUGUGUGUUUAUGUUGCUUUUGGUAGCACGGUAAAUGUUAGCAUAUCAGGAGAAUCUACAUGAACUAAACUCUUUACACCAGCAGGUCUCGCAUCCAUGGAGAACACUUUAGAAAAAAAACGUUAUUAUUUUUAUUGACAAAUCAGUUGUUGCUCUUGUUUUUAAUUAGUUAGACUUUUUUUAUUUUCCUGUGAUUGAUUUUAGUGCUGAACUUUUCUCAUGAACCUUUUUACUGUGUGAGUGUUUGUUACCAACAACUAUAGGUAUAGCCUCUGGAAAUGUCUUGCAGAAAAGAUAGUCACAUCUUAUAAACAGGGCUAAGUUUACGUUUUUAUAAAAAAUAUUUCUACACUAAGCUUGAAUGACAUGAUGUAACUGGCAACUAAUAAAUUG